AUGUUCUAUUCACAUACUCCAACAUAUAACAACAUUAAACAUCCACAACCACAACCAACCAAAUUACCUAGUUUCAAUGAAUUAUUAACUAGUAUUCCAUUACCAAAUGAUUUUUAUCCACAACAACAACAACAACAACAACAACAAUAUCAUAAAUCACUCAGUUCUACUCCACCAACAUCAACCACCAGUAUAAGCAAUUACUAUCCAACUCCUCAAUCGAGUACAUCUAGUGCUAGUUCAAAUCAUUUCCAACCACAACCAAUUCAUUAUAUCCCAUUACAAAUACAGCCAAUUCCUCAAUAUUACCCUCAAAAAAAUACAUCCAAUGUGAGCGUAUCACCUAAAACAGUACUUGAUCAAAGUUUUGAAAUCCCCACUCCACCACCAUCAUCAACGGAUUAUUCAAUACGAUCAUUUACUCCAGAAACACCAACUACAAAUAAGGAUAAAGUUACCAAAAGAAAACAUAUUUGUAAAACCUGUACUAGAUCAUUUACCACUAGUGGACAUUUAGCAAGACAUAAUAGAAUUCACACUGGGGAAAGAAAACACAUAUGUCCCUGGCCAACUUGUGAUGCUAGAUUUGCAAGACAAGAUAAUUGUAUGCAACAUUAUAAAACUCAUACAAAUGGUAAAAACAAAAGAAGUAAAUUAAAUUUUAAAAAUUCUAACUUGUUGAGCAAGUAA